UGUGGUGCAGUCACUUCCUAUCAAUUUGCUCCAGAGCAGAUAGACUCUGCUGUAUCAUGUCGUCUUAGGCUCCACAGACAAUAUCCACCACAGUAAACAUGUUAUUUCAGCAUAAAUCUAAUCGUUGUGCGCCUCUGAAGCGGGUUCUUUGGUUAGUGUCGUGUCUGGGAUGCUUGUUGGUCCAGACCGGCGCAGAGGACAGCAGUCCGUGGUACCAGGACCUCUGCAGUUAUAAAUGGGAGGCCAUCGACAAGGAUAAUAAAGUGAGCUACACACUAAAGCUCUGUGAGUCUUCGCCGUCGACCAGCUGUGGGCCAGGCGUUGCCGUCUGUGCCAGGAACCUCACCACCAACACAGAGCAGUCUGUCGGCGACCUGUCCCUUCGGAGGCUUUCUGACAGGGUGCUGGAUUUCAACAACACACAAAAAUGUCCCGGAAGCAACAACAACAUUCAGACCAGCAUCAGCUUCCAGUGUGGGAAAACCAUGGGGACCCCAGAGUUUGUCGCUGUGUCGCAGUGUGUGCAUUACUUUGAGUGGAGGACCUACGCCGCCUGCAAGAGUGAUAAAUUCAAACCACACAAAGAGGUGCCCUGUUAUGCGUUUGACUCGGACGGUAAGAAGCACGACCUCAGCCCUCUGAUCAAAUUAGGCGAUGGCUACCUGGUGGACGACGGUGACGACAACAUCGACUUCUAUAUCAACAUCUGUCGAAGUCUCAACCAACCAGACAAAUCCUGUCCUGAAGACUCUGCAGCCUGUCUGGUCACCAGUCAAGGCUCCUUCAACAUGGGCUCUCCCACCAAACAGCUGGAGCUGGUGUCCAGUGACAGACUGAGGUUACAGUAUGAAGUCAGUGUUGGUUCGUCUCCUCCGGCCUUAUGCAAUGGGCACACUCCUGCUGUCGCCAUCACUUUCAUCUGUCCGUCAAGUAGACAUUCGAGCAGCACUCCUAAGAUGACGGCCGAGCUGAACUGUCGUUACGAGGUGGAAUGGGUGACCGAAUACGCAUGUCACAGAGACUAUCUGGAGAGCCAUACUUGCAAACUGACCAGCGACCAGCAUGACCUGUCCAUAGACCUAACACCUCUCACGCUGAGCUCUACAGAUCAUCCGUACUAUGCACAUUCCAAUCCCAGUGGUGGGAGUGAAAGCUACAUCUACUACCUGAACGUGUGCGGAGCGGUCCCCACUGACGAAUGUGGCGACGACAAGUUCAUAUCGUCCUGCCAGGUGAAGGAGUCUGGAGACGUGAAGAAGGUGGCUGGAAAAUAUCAGAACCAGACACUACGUUAUUCAGAUGGAGAUCUGACUCUGAUCUACCCGGAAGGCACCACAUGCUCCUCCGGCUUCCAGAGAAUGACAAUAAUCAAUUUUGAGUGCAACAAGAACGCAUCCAACGGUGGACGGGGGAAUCCAGUUUUUUCUGGGGAGACAGACUGCACUUAUUACUUUGACUGGGAGACGGCUUUCGCUUGUGUCAAAGAGAAGGAGGAUCUGCUGUGUCGAGUCCGAGACGGCCACAAACACUAUGACCUUUCACCCCUCACAAGAUACAAUGGGUCAGAUGUCAGCAGGAACUGGGAGGCGGUGGAUGCUCAGUCCCCGAAGUCGAACUCGCGUUUCUACCUGAAUGUCUGUCACAAAGUCAUCCAGUCAGGAGCCGCUGCUGGCUGCCCGGUGAAUGCGUCCAUCUGUGCCGUGGGUAAGGACCAAAAGGCCAUCAGUCUGGGCAGUUUCCUCUCGUCUCCUCAGAAGAGUAAAAUAGGAAAUGACAUCAGACUGGUUUAUACCGAUGGAAGUUUUUGCAUCAACAAAAAGACGAGGAUCCAAACUAUCCUGACCCUCAAGUGCAAACCAGGAGAUCUGGAGAGCGCUCCCAUCCUCCGUAGCAUUUCGUCUGACGGCUGCGUCUACGAACUGGAGUGGUACACUGCUGCCGCCUGCGUCCUCUCGAAGACGCAGGGAGACGACUGCAAGGUGGAGGAUGUUCAGGCUGACCUCUCUUUCAACUUGUCGCCUCUCUCCAAAGCCAAUGGUGGCUUCUACAACCUGACCAGCGGCAACUAUGUCUACUACAUUAAUGUGUGUGGUCCUGUCCAAACUGCCAGCUGUCCUGAAAAGGCCGGAGCAUGUCAGGUCGAACAGAAGUCCUGGAGUCUUGGGGAAGCGAACUCCCGUCUGUCGUACUACGAUGGCCUGAUCCAGCUGACCUACAGUAACGGCUCCCAGUACAACGACGAGCAACACACUCGCAGAUCCACGCUCAUCUCCUUCCUCUGUGACCCUGAUGCUGGAGCUGGACAACCCGAUUUCCAGGUGGAAGACAAGUACACGUAUAACUUCCGCUGGUAUACAUCCUACGCAUGUCCUGAAAGGCCUCACGAGUGUUUGGUGACAGAUACCAAGACUCUUGACCAGUACGACUUAUCCAGCUUGUCACGCUCCACAUCCAGUGGCAACUGGGAGGUCAUGGAUUUGUCGGACCCCAUGAACCGGAGGAAGUAUUACAUCAACAUAUGUCGGCCUCUCAACGCUGUACCGGGCUGUGACCGCAGCGCCUCCGUCUGCCAAGUGAAGUACAUAUACGAGCAGGGCUCCUCGAAGGAGGACGUGUCAGUCAGCAACAUGGGGGUUUCCAAGCGGGGGCCGAUCAUCGAGGGCCGGGACAGGCUGCUGCUGGAGUUCACAGACGGCUCUGUCUGCAUGUCGGACGGCCAGAAGCUCGCAUACACAACACGCAUCCACCUGGUCUGCUCCAGAGGAUCACAGUCAACAGGCCUUCGGUUCUUGAUGCUCCAGAACUGUACGGCCACGUUCAGGUGGGAGACCAGGGCGGCCUGUGCCAUCACCACCACCAAGAACAAUAGCUGUGCUGUGGUGGACCCCAACACUGGCUUUGAGUUCAACCUUCAGCUUCUGGCCUCUGAGACUGGAUACAAGACUAAGGCAAACGGAAAAGACUUCCUGGUGAAUAUCUGCACGGACGUGACAGAGUGUGGACAGGGCAUGGCUGGCUGUGAGCUGGAGGACGGGCAUCCCGUCAGCCCGGUGGGGGUGGAGAAGACCCUCCAGUACUCCACCGAUGGCCUGCUCAAACUAACAUACAAGGGACCCCUGGAUGAUCCCACAGCGACGCGAGACACCUUCACCAUUAAUUUCGUGUGUGAUCCAAACUCUCACCCUGGUUCAUUAAAACUGCUGCGUGAGGACCUGAGUUCUUUACCUGACCACGUAGUCCACGAUGUCUUCUUUGAGUUCUCCACUGCCCUGGCCUGCAUUCCUGCUCCGGUUGACUGCCAGAUCAUUGAUUCCCAUGGUAACGAGUAUGACCUGAGACACCUGAUCCGUGAUGGAGACGACAGCCCCUGGAUAGCCAUAGAAACGGAUUCGGUCAAGUCACGCAGUUUUUACAUCAACGUCUGCAAACCUCUCCCGACUCUGAAAGAAUGUCCAGUGGGUCCUUUGGGUGCUUGUGCCGUGAUUGAUGGAAAGAGUUCCAACCUGGGAUACGUCCAGUCCAGGCCGCAGGCAGCAGAGGACGGCUCUAUUAGCAUCGUCUACCAGAACGGAGACCCGUGUGGUUCCACAUCCCGCUACUCAACACGCAUCAUCCUCCAGUGUGAUGACAAACCAGGCUCCCCCAUGUUUGACCGUCAAGAUGGCUGUGAGUAUGUCUUCAUCUGGAGGACAUCUGAGGCCUGCCCCAUCAGGAAGUCUCAAGGUGAUAACUGUCGGGUUCAUGACCCCAAGAGUGGCUACGAGUUCAACCUGAACUCUCUGAAGGGUAAAGAUUACCAAGCCAACAACAAUAAGUACAUCUACCACCUGUCGAUCUGUGAGGGGCUCCAGGGAGACGUCUGUACCCGCAAAGACACCGGCGGAGAAGCUGUCUCCUCCUGCCAGGUGUAUGGAACAAAUCAGAAGAUUGGAGGAAUGGCAAACCAGGUUCUGAGUUAUGUAGGAGACCAGCUCAUCCUGAACUACACUAAUGGAGAGACCUGCCAUAAGAUCUAUCAGAGGUCCACAGAGAUCUACUUCUCCUGUCACCCCGACCGUCAUCCUGGAGUGCCCGAGUUUAUCAAGGAGACUCCGGACUGUACCUACCUGUUCAGCUGGCCCACCGCUCUGGCCUGCAUCCCAGUCAAAACCACCAGCUGCUCUUACAAUGAUGAUCGGGGUCACUGGUACGACCUCUCCCCUCUGGCUAUGGACUCUCGGAACUGGGAGGUGGAGCCCUCAACAGACGACACGCAGAAAACAUUUUACAUCAACGUCUGCAGGUCGCUGGUGCAACAGGGAGGUUCAUGGAAGUGUCCCUCCAGUGCAGCGUCCUGUCUGAAGGUCGGAGAUGAGUAUAUGAGUCUGGGGCAGGUGGAGUCCGGUCCCACGUGGGACAGAACUGUCCUGAAGCUGCGGUACACCAGCGGCCAAGCCUGUCCUGACGGAAGCCGCAACAGGAGCACCAUCAUCCGCUUCAAGUGUGACAAAGACAAAGUGGACUCCAGGCCUACUCUGAUCUCUUCCAUUGAGGACUGUGUGUACACUUUCCUCUGGUUAACAGCCGCUGCCUGCCCUCUGAACAGCAUCCAGCACGACGACUGCAAGGUCACCAAUCCUGCCACAGGUUAUUUGUUUGAUCUCAACAGCCUGACAAAGGAAGGGGGUUACACUGUGUACGAUCAUCAGGACCACAGGAAGAUGUUCCGCAUGAACGUCUGUGGAAACGUGACCAACACCGGAUGCAGCCCUGACAGCGCUGUGUGCAUUAAGGAUGCCCGCACUGCGGUGAGCGGCGGUCUGGUGAGCAGGAAACUCUCCUACAAGGAUCACAUUCUGGAGCUGACGUAUGAAGGAGGAAGUCCCUGUCCAGCGAACUCCGAGCUCAGACACAGCACCGUCAUCCACUUCAUCUGCAGGCCGCCCAGCAUGGGCUCAGCCCCUCCAGAACCAGUUCUCAUUGACUCAGACGCUGAGACCUGCACACACUUCUUCUCUUUCCACACACCCCUGGUCUGCGAACAGCCAGUGAAGUGUUCAGUCCAGAACGGCUCUGCUCUUAUAGAUCUGACUCCUCUGAUUCAUGUCAGUGGAUACUACACAGCAACAGAUGACGCAGUGGACCAAAGUGAUGACUCACCAGACUUUUACAUCAACGUCUGUCAGCCUCUAAACCCCAUCCCCGGGGUCACCUGUCCGCCUGGAGCUGCCGUCUGUAUGGAUCCUGACAAUGGGCCUCCUGUGGAUAUUGGGAGGACCACCAGCGGCCCUGAGAUCAAUCCUGCAACAGGGGAAGUUUCCAUCACUUACUUAAGCUCCACCAAGUGCCUGGCUGACCCUGCACACAAUUACAGUUCGAUCAUCAUCUUCACCUGCCAGAGAGGCGUGGAGCUGGGCUCUCCACAAAUGCUGAGGCUGCAGGGAUGUGUCUAUUUGUUUGAGUGGGCGACUCCCUUAGUCUGUUCAGACGUCACAUACACCAGUGGCUGCAAGCUCAACGACUCGCAGCUCCAGUUCACCUUUGACCUGUCGACCCUCUCUGGAGAAGUGCAGGUCCCAGGGAUAUCCAGCACGUACCGCAUCAACGUCUGCAGCUCAGUGGCAGAGCCGGCCUGUAAGCAGAGCGCAGUUUGCCAGGUGUCUGGUUCUGGUUCAGACAAGUCAGCCUCUUCGUUUGGCAUCAGCAAGGCCAUGACGAUGGACUUCAAGCACGAUGAACAGGCCGUACUGAUGCAGUAUGGUGGAGGAGAUCCCUGCCCACCAGUGACUAGUGAGGACGAGAUGUGCGUUUUCCCCUUCACGCUCAUGAAGAAGUCGUACACAGAGUGCACCACUGACGGCAGGACGGAUGGCAGGAAGUGGUGUGCCACCACAGACAACUAUGAUGCAGACAGGAAGUGGGGAUUCUGCAGUGCAGCCUCUGGUAAACGCCAGUCGUCCAUAUUGUUCAUCUGUGACCAGUCUAAAGGCCACGGUUCUCCUCAGCUGCUCUCAGAGACGGUAGGUUGUUCAGCCACGUUUCAGUGGCGAACCAGCGCCGUUUGUCCCCCGAGGAAGAUGGAGUGUAAGCUGGUGAGCCAGCAUCAGACCUUCGACCUCCGAAGCCUGUCCUCCCUCACGGAGCCGUGGAAGUUCAGCCACCGGGGAGAUUCGUACUUCAUCAACCUGUGUCAGGGUAUCCACGGUGGAUUACCAGGUUGUCCAGAAGGAGCAACUGUGUGUCGACACUCAGCAGGAAAGACCCAGAUCCUGGGCCGAGUUUAUACACAGAAAAUGAACUACACUGACGGAAAGAUCUCCGUCACUUACUCAUCGGGAGACGAUGUCUGUGGUAACGGCGUGAAUGCCAAGACCGUGAUCCAGCUGAGCUGUGGCUCCACUGUUGGACACCCAGCACUCAUCAGCAUUGAUGAGGCAUCAUGUGAGUUUGUGAUUGGCUGGGAGACUCGGGCGGCGUGUGUGGUGAAGCAGCGUGUGGUUGAGAUGGUGAACGGGACCAUUCGGGUUCCUGAGACGGGAGCCAGCCUCAGUCUGGGAGCACUCUACUUCAGCCACCACCAGGCGUCUGGAGACAUCCGUCCCAACGGCGACCGCUACAUCUACCACAUCCAGUUGUCCGGCAUCACCAACAACUCCCUGACCAACUGCGUUGGCGCCAACAUCUGCCAGGUCAAACUCAAUGCGCCCUACAGACGCAGGAUUGGCUCCUCCAGCAAGGCCAAGUACUACAUUAAAGGAGGAAACCUGGAUGUGAUUGUUUCCUCUGAGUCAACGUGUGGGCGUGAGAAGACCAAAACGGUGUCGUCCACCAUCAUGUUCCACUGUAACCCCUCGGCAGGCAUCGGCAUCCCAGAGUUUAAGCUGGAGACGGAUGAGUGCCAGUACCUGUUUGUGUGGCACACCAACGCUGUGUGUGGUCUCAUAACUGUUGAAGCGAAGUCAUACGAUGACGACGACGCUCCAGCUCUUUCCAGGCGGAGCAAGGCGGUUGGCGUGAUCCUGACCGUCCUGUUGGUGGGUCUGACCGUCUGCCUGUUGGGGCUGUUGUUCCACAAGAGAGAGAGAAGGGAGCUGGUGAUCCAGAAGGUUGCCAGCUGCUGCAGGAGAGGAAACCAAGUCUCCUAUAAAUAUUCCAAAGUCAACAUGGACGAAGAAGGGGGUGAAGAGGAGAUGGAGUGGCUGAUGGAGGAGCUCGAAGCCCCUCCCACAUCCUUUUCCUCGUCCUCCCAGCGGGGCAGGAGUAACCAUGGCAACGGCCACAUCACAACCAAGCCAGUGAACACGGAUGGUCUGCGUUCGUUCGCGCUGGACGACCAGGACGACGACAGCGAGGACGAGGUGCUGAGCGUCCCGGGGGUGCGAGUGGUCAAAUCCAGGCACUCUGCGGCCCAUCGCAGUGCCUUCCUUCAGGAGGAGAGUGACGAGGACCUGGUCGGGCUGCUGGAAGAGUCAGACAGGAAGAGGAAGAGCAGCAAACCUCGCUCCUCAGGCCUUAACCACGGUAACAACACGGCAGCCAACAGGAAACGGGACGAGGACGACAGUGACGAGGACCUCCUCAGGGUGUGAUGUCACUCUCCUUCCUGCUCUCCUCACCCUCCAAUCUGAACUCUUCUCUCUCAGUGAAUGUCUCCAUAAUAGCAACAACAACAAUGAAAUACCAACAACAUAUUGAAACCAGAAACCGUUCCUCUCUUUUGGGAUAUUUUUUAUUUUUAUUUUUUCUGUCGGACUGCACCUUUACUUGACCUACUCAGACUCUGUCCAGUCACUGUCUACAGACUGUCAACGUUAGCACACAGUUUCUUAUUUAUUGAUAAGCGAUUAUUUAAAACAUCAAAUUGUCUGUCAGAAUUGUUAAAUGAAGUCAUUUGUUUGGUGUGGUUACUGCAGUUUUGCCACCUUUAUCGAAUCCUGACAGAUCAGCCGAGGCUCUCAGAAUCCGCCCCAGAGGCACAAAAAGCAUCUUUCCUAACGUGUUGGCUCUGCAGUGAGGCAUGUCACUGGAAAAAUAUGAACGUUUUCUUGUCGUCUAGUUUUGAUUUAAAGCUGUGCCAUUGCUUUAGCACUUUACUGUAGCAUUGAUCGACUGGAGAUAACACUGUCUACAUGUCUCAUUGCAGAAUGGGAGACAACAAAAAGGAAGACUUUGGCUGCCUUUGGAGUCUUUCUCAGGGCUUUUUUUUUUUGUUAGCUGUGGUUACAGUUAGCUCAACAGUUUAGCAGAAACACGACAGUUGUGAAAGAAAAGUAACCAGUGAAGGUGUUGGCUUGUGUUGUUUCCAAAAGGGAAUGAAGGCACUCAUUUGUCUUCUCUGGCUGUUUACAGUUGCUAUAAGAGCAGAUCUUCUCUCUUUCUAUCCCUUUGAAAAGAGAGCGCGAUGCCUUCCCGAGGAUGAAUUUAUGUUGCGUUUUCAUCGAUGAAUCGUGUCCAGCGACAGAUUGAUUUUUGUCUUGUUUUGAUCAGAGACACUGUACAUAGAUAAUAAUGUUCUAUAAUAUGGACGUUUUGUUUGUUCGUUUGUUGUCUUCACUGGUGAUUUGCUCACACAUUUGUUUUUAUGAUUAUCUUCUGUGACAAAAUAGAGGUGGCCUUAAGUGUGAGUGAACCGUAGUCCAGAAUGGAGGUUGAAAGUGAGGUGUAAGUUUAGAUUGUGUUGGUUUGGACGUCCCCCUCCAGCCAAAGCCAUAUUUCUACAGCCACCGCUGGCACUAAUGUAACGGAAGUUGGGAAUUUUAUUUUCCGCUUGCACACUCCCUUACAUUAAAAGCCCAGUUUUGGUAGUCAGAUCCGUGAUUGUGGAUGUUGCUGCGUCAAAAGUGAAAUUUUAACUCGGUAAAGCCAAGUUUUUUGCAUUGCCGAAAUCAGCCCUUUUUAGCCAAAUGCAUGUAAGACAAAAGCAAGACGUGAAGCAUAAAUGUAUCAGGAAUGCAGGCAGUUGACUUACAUUUAACAUAUUUUCUGCUUAAAAGUGAAAUCAGUAUUUUCAAAAGGGAUGUCAAAGGAUGAUCAGAGAAAGCCCACACAGUAUAAACGCAGAGUAUUUCAAGUCUCGUCCCGCUCGUCGGCUUGUUUCUUCACUCCCAGCCAAACAAGUUGUUUUGACUUUGGUGUCUUUUUGGUUUACUGAAUUAGAACUUCAGUGAAUUUACAGACUCACAAACAGCUGAAUGUUCACACCAGUGUAGUUUAGGGUGGUAAGGUGUCCUUCUCCCAGUUCAGAGCAGAGUUAAAGUCUACUCCAUGUACCUUUAACUGAACAUGAUGGACUCGUCAGGGCUCUGCUGUGCCAUAAUUUCUCUGGCAGGCAAGCCAGUUAAAGGUGUUUGCUAAUGCUGGAACAGUUAUUGUCCUUAUAGCUGAAUCUCUCUGGUAUUUUAUUUCAAUUAGUCAUAUAUACUAUAAAAUGUCUGGAAAAAGGUGAAAAAUGCCCAUCAUAAGUUUCCAAGGCGAUGUCCAAACAUCAGCCCAAAACCCAAAGAUGUAGAGAAAAGUAAGUGAUCCUCCAGUUGCAGAAGCUGCCAACACAGAAUGUUUGACACGUGAUAAAUAAAGUAAACUGUCAAACCAGUUUAAAUCACUACAUGGGGGGAGCACGUUUUGAAUCAUUAACAGAUUUUCUGUUGAUUUGCAAUCGGUACACGAGUAUUUAUUCCACAAUGUACACUGAUUAUAUUGUCUAUGAUAGGAAGACAAAUGAGGGUAAAUUCACUUUUGGGUUUUCUCAGUAUUCAGUUCGCAGAAACUUAAGUCAUUAACAAAACACAUGAUGUCGUCAAUAAAGUCUCCCAUCAAUCAAUAGAUAAGGUUCACCAUUCAGGGUAUUUCUAAAGCUUUGUACACAAAAUUUGGUAAAUGCGUUUUUGUAAGAUGCCACUUGUCCGAAAAGAUGAAAAAAAAAAAACCCAAAAAGGAUUAAAAAAUAAUAAUCUUGAGCUGGUAUUAUCAUCGAAAACAUCAGUAUUUUAUAUGGAUGAGUUGGAGAUGUAUCCUAAUAAUUAACAAACAGAAACAGAUCACCUUGCUCCCGUCCCUUUGCUGUGGGUACUCAGUAACUCCUGUGUUCUGAUCACAAACUGAAAUGUGACUUUUCAGAAGCAGUUUUUGACUGAAAUUGUCAGACUCCAGAAGGUUUGAUUGAAGGUUUGUUCACAUCUUGCACUAAAAUAUCACUUACCAUAUAAACUGUCAAAGUAAAUAGUUUGAGAGCAAUUCAGUUAGUGGGUCCCAAUGAAAUGUCAAGAAUCCAUGUUUAGUAUUAAAGCAGCAGAAGUUAUGAAAUCGACCAUGUUUUUAUAAGAUUUAAUUUUAAACCCUCUCAUUCGUUCAGUACGUGGAUCUCAGCAGUUGUCCCGAACGCUUUUGAUUUUAAAUUCCUGACCCUGUUUGAGGGCGGUUUGAACCGGGACAAAAGCAGCUACCCGUUUCUGACUCUUUGUAAUCGCCUCAUCUCUCCUGAGGAGACGUCAUAGCGCUCCUCAUUUCGGAGAGGCAGAUGGUUGAGCGUGUGAAGUCCUUUUCCCAUCGUCACAUGAAGUCCCUGAUUCUGCUGUAUUUAGCACCAAAGUUUGUGUGGCUCAUCUGCAUGGUACUGUACUGACCCUUCUCUUUCCCGUCAAGAUGUUAAUGGACAUUCUUGUGCUUUUUUUUUUUUAUUUUUUGUCUGCACUCGAGCAGAGAACUGGGUUUGGUUGCAUGAAAGCAAUUCAUGAGACUGAGAUAACAAGGUACAUUCAGGAGCAGACAAAGAAGUUCGGAGAAUACGGUGACUGAAAAAGGCACAAGAAAUUUCCGUGAUGAAUGGGUACUAUGGGGGAUCAUUGUUUUGUUUUAGUUGGUGUAAGUUAUGUUGUCUGAUAUGUUUUUCAGCUCUUUGCCUGUUUUCCUAUUUAAAAAAAAAAAUUGAUGUAAAAAUUGCAUUAUUUGAAUAAAUAAGAUGCGCUCUU